AUGAGGAAGUUAUGGCUUUUCUUUCUCUUCACUUUUGCAAACACAAACCUCACUUCAGGUUGCUUCGAGCAUGAGAGGGAAGCUCUUCUCCAAUUCAAACGCAGUAAUUUAUCAGACCCUUAUGGUCAACUAUCAUCUUGGAAUGGAAACAACUGCUGCCACUGGCAAGGGGUCGGCUGCGAUAAUGCAACCAGACAUGUCACUAGGCUUGACCUCGAAGCUGAUCGGUCAUUUUUUAUGAAAUCUUUUCAAAAGUUAAAGGCAAAAGAAUUGAAUCCGUGUUUGGCCAAGUUGACUCAUCUGAGUUACAUGGAUUUGAGUGGGAUACAUUUUGGUGGUAGUCCAAUUCCUGAGUUCAUAGGAUCGCUAACACAACUCAGGAACCUAAUACUUCAUUCUGCAGGAUUUUCAGGUGUGGUGCCUCAUUUUAUUGGAAAUCUGUUGAAUUUGCGUGUUCUUGAUCUUGGUGACAUGAAACUGCUAGUUGUGGAUGAUUUCACAUGGUUUUCAAAUCUUUUAUCACUCACGUAUCUUGAUCUAAGCAGAGUGAGUAUUGUUAAAGCUCCAAAUUUUGACAAAGUAUUGCUGUAUAUGAUUCCUACUUUACUAGAGUUACGCUUGUCUGGUUGUGAUCUUUCUAAUUCUCAUUUCCAUCGCACACAUCUUUAUUCGAAUCUUACCCUUUCCACCAUUCAAAAACUUGAUCUUAGUUCCAAUUCAUUCCAAGGUGAAUUCCCUCUGUUUUUACAAAACUUGACGUCUUUACGAGUUCUUGAUCUUUCAUCCAAUGCCCUCAAUUCUUCAAUUCCGGUCUUCAAAGAGAUUGUCGAUCUCAAGCUUCGGCGAAAUAAUUUUAAGGGUAUUGAAGAUACAAGGGUCUGGAGACUCUGUCAGUUAAAGCGGUUGGAUCUUUCAGAGAAUUCUAUGGAAGGGGGAUUCACGGUGCCAGCAAGCAAUGGAGAAUGUGCCCAAUUUUCUCUGGAGACACUGAAUCUAAAUGACAACAAGUUUGGUGGUGAAAUUCCGAAAUCACUAGGAAGGCUUACGGCCUUGAGAGAAUUGAAUCUUGGAUGGAACCAGUUAACAGGAACCAUCCCGGAAGCACUAGGAAAUUUAACAAGUUUACAGGAUUUAUAUCUUGCUUCGAACAAGUUAACAGGUUUGGUUCCUACGUCUAUCGGAAACCUGCUGUUGUUACAAAAUCUUGAUUUAUCUUGGAACCUGUUAAAGGGGACGAUACCAUUAUCACUAGGACAACUAUCGAAUCUAGAAUUCAUGCAUCUCUCUUACAAUUGGUUGUCUGCACUUCCAUUAUCGCUUGGAAACCUCUCAAAACUUCAGCUUCUAGAUUUACGCAAUAACUUUUUGCGAGGGCCUUUUCCUAGCAUUGGAAAACUUUCCGAACUUAGAGUUCUUGGCAUAUCCGAAAAUUCUUUAUCUGGUGUAGUCACUGAAGCUCAUUUCUCAAAUACAUCGAUGUUAAAACUCCUCCAUGUAACCUCAAACUAUAGAUUGAGCUUCAAGAUUUCACCUGAUUGGAAGCCUCCUUUUCGGAUAGAAUCACUUAAGCUUGGAUCUUGUAAAAUUGAAUCAGAAUUUCCACGUUGGAUUCGAGCACAAACAAGUCUUGACACCCUAAUCCUUUCCAAUACUAGCAUUUCAGGACCACUUCCAGAUUGGCUUAAUGACCUCCCUGUCAUGACUGUUCUGGAUCUCUCCCAUAACUUUCUCAAAGGUCCAUUGACAAACCUUCCAUCUAACCAAACAAUACCAGUUUGCUCUAUAGAGACGUGUUCGUUGUUUCUUCAGAACAACCUCUUCUACGGAUCGAUUCCAGAUUCAUUGUGUAAUGUUACAAAUUUAUAUUAUCUCGAUCUUUCUAGAAAUAUGCUAUCUGGGACUUUUCUAGAUUGCCUUGGAAAUCUCAGAAAGCUGCAAGUUGUGAUAUUAAGUUCCAACAGGCUCUCGGGUGUCAUUCCAAGCUCUCUUGGCAAUCUUGGUUCUUCGCUACAAUGGUUAGCUUUAAAUAACAACAGUUUCCAUGGUGAACUUCCGAAAACUCUGGCAAAUUGCACAAGUUUGGCUUUGCUGGAUUUGGGUGAAAACAGAUUCUUUGGAAGAAGCCAGUUACUAAAUUGA